AUUCAUUUCAACGAUUUUGCGUCGGUUUAUGGAAAAGACACUGUGGGCUUAAAUGGAUGUUAACGUGUUAGUUACGGGGGUGGCAAAAUUGUUUAAAGAGGGGGGGAUAGGAAGAAAAAGAGGGUAAAACCAGCGCGCCAUUUGAAACUUGCAUUCAAGAUUGGGUCUUCCAAAGUUCAGUUGCUCUCCGAUACCCUUUCCCAGCUAUAAUGCUGGCUUACUAUUUUUUGUUUUUGGUUCUCCCAUUUUCAUAUGGAACCGUCUUGGCUCCGGAAAGAGACCGCGACUGGCAUAAACCUGGAUGCCACAAAGUCGGUCAUACGGGCAAAGUGAAUAUUCGCGACUGUGUCUCUUUUGAUAUAACGACGAACGCCUGCAGGGGAUUUUGCGAGAGUUGGGCCAUUCCAUCGGAUCCACAAAAUGCCCAAAUUUCGCAACCAGUCACAUCCAUCGGCACCUGCUGCAACAUCAUGGAAACCGAACCAAUCGAGGUGCGAGUUUUGUGCAAAGAAGGCAUUCGCACUUUGGUUUUCAAAAGUGCCGUAAGCUGCGCUUGUUACCACUGUAAAAAGGACUAAAUAUGACGAAAAUCAAGCCAACAAAGCUUUUUAUUUGAAUUUCAAUUUCCUGCGUUUCACUUUGAUAAGUUCGGCGCUCCACAAUUGCCCCAAUUACUUUAGUCAAUUAUAGCUUUCGUGCCAUUGUAACAUUAAGAAAUAUAUAUUGUAAAUAAAAGUUAUACUGACUGACUGACUAAAAUAUUGAUGUAGUGAACUAAAUGUUAAAGCUUAAUAAACGUCGUGUUUAUAUUG